AUGCGCAAGAAAGGUCCUUGUCCAAAUGCUCAAUCUCGUUCCCAGUGUCCUUUCUUCCCUGUUCAAAUGAGCAACACAGAGGAACCUGUUGGUGAGGCGGCAUUGAGGUCUCACACUGAAGAGAAGCCAUACCAUUGCAAAACUUGUAACAAGCAGUUUACUCAGGAAAGAAGUCUACAGGUUCAUAGUAGGUCUCACACUGGAGAGAAGCCAUACCAUUGCAAAACUUGUGACAAGCGGUUUACAAGGAAACAAGAUCUGCAAAGUCAUGAAAGAUUCCACACUGGAGAUAAGCCAUACCAUUGUAAAACUUGUGACAAGUGGUUUACUCAGAAAAGAAAUCUACAAGCUCAUAAUAGGUCUCACGCUGGAGAGAAGCCAUACUAUUGCAAAACUUGUGACAAGCAGUUUACUAGGAAACAAGAUCUGCAAAGACAUGAAAGAUCCCACACUGGAGAGAAGCCCUUCCAGUGCAAAACUUGUGAUAAGUGCUUUACUCAGAAAAGCAAAAGCAAUCUUAAACUUCAUAUUAGGUCUCACACUGGAGAGAAGCCAUACCAUUGCAAAACUUGUGACAAGUGGUUUGCACAAAAGGGUCAUCUAACAGUACAUGAAAGAUCCCACACUGGAGAGAAGCCAUACCAGUGCAAAACAUGUAAUAAGUGGUUUACUCGUAAAGGAGAUCUACAAGUACAUGAAAGAUCUCACACUGGAGAGAAGCCAUACCAGUGCAAAAGCUGUGACAAGCGGUUUGCUAGGAAACAAGAUCUGCAAAGACAUGGAAGAUCCCACACUGGAGAGAAGCCCUUCCAGUGCAAAACUUGUGAUAAGUGCUUUGCACAGAAAAGCAGUCUUAAACUUCAUAUUAGGUCUCACACUGGAGAGAAGCCAUACCAUUGCAAAGCCUGUGACAAGCAGUUUGCUAGGAAACAAGAUCUGCAAAGACAUGGAAGAUCCCACACUGGAGAGAAGCCCUUCCAGUGCAAAACUUGUGAUAAGUGCUUUACUCAGAAAAGCAAUCUUAAACUUCAUAUUAGGUCUCACACUGGAGAGAAGCCAUACCAUUGCAAAACUUGUGACAAGUGGUUUGCACAAAAGGGUCAUCUAACAGUACAUGAAAGAUCCCACACUGGAGAGAAGCCAUACCAGUGCAAAACAUGUAAUAAGUGGUUUACUCGUAAAGGAGAUCUACAAGUACAUGAAAGAUCUCACACUGGAGAGAAGCCAUACCAGUGCAAAAGCUGUGACAAGCGGUUUACUAGGAAACAAUAUCUGCAAAGACAUGAAAGAUCCCACACUGGAGAAAAGCCAUACCAAUGCAAAACAUGUAAUCAGCGGUUUACUCGUAAAGGAAAUCUACAAGUGCAUGUAAGAUCCCACACUGGAGAAAAGCCAUACCAAUGCAAAACAUGUAAUAAGCGGUUUACUCGUAAAGGAAAUCUACAAGUGCAUGUAAGAUCCCACACUGGAGAGAAACCAUACCAGUGCAAAACUUGUGACAAGCGGUUUACUAGGAAACAAGAUCUGCAGAGACAUGAAAGAUCCCACACUGGAGAAAAGCCAUUCCAGUGCAAAGCUUGUGAUAAGUGGUUUACUCAUAAGGGAACACUACAAAGACAUGAAAAAUUGCACUCUGGACAGCAGUCAUAUUCUUCAGAUUAUGAUGAAUCAUUUACUUGCUGGAUUUGCCAGGAGGGACUGAGCAGUGCUUCCCAGCUUGUUAACCAUUAUGAGGAACACAUGGGGUUGCCUUGA